CCUGACGAGCUGACAAAUGCUCUUGAGAUCAGCAACAUCGUGUUCACUAGUCUCUUCGCUCUGGAGAUGCUCCUUAAGGUUCUUGUGUACGGACCCUUCGGCUACAUUAAAAACCCCUAUAACAUCUUUGACGGCAUCAUCGUGGUCAUCAGUGUUUGGGAGAUCGUUGGCCAACAAGGUGGAGGGCUUUCUGUCUUGCGGACGUUUCGCCUGAUGCGGGUGCUCAAACUGGUGCGCUUCAUGCCAGCUCUGCAGAGACAGCUUGUGGUCCUCAUGAAGACCAUGGACAAUGUGGCCACAUUCUGCAUGCUGCUUAUGCUGUUCAUCUUUAUCUUCAGCAUUUUGGGGAUGCAUCUGUUCGGCUGCAAGUUUGGCUCUGAGAGGGAUGGGGACACUCUGCCUGACAGGAAGAACUUCGACUCUCUCCUUUGGGCCAUUGUUACAGUCUUCCAGAUUUUAACUCAGGAAGACUGGAACAAGGUUCUGUAUAAUGGUAUGGCAUCCACCUCCCCUUGGGCCGCACUCUACUUCAUCGCUCUUAUGACCUUUGGCAACUAUGUACUCUUCAAUCUGCUGGUUGCCAUUCUGGUGGAAGGGUUUCAAACUGAG